GCUAAGUGUCACCAUUUCUACAGUAUUAAGUUUUUGUUUUUCUUUAUAUCACUAUUAUUAUUCUUUUCUGAAAGUCCUGAAAAGCUUUUGCAGUAUAUAUUUCAUUAAGACUUGACAUUCCACUAAGCACGAUCAAAAUUUUACUUAGUAAGAAGUGGAUUUUGCCUGGUGGCCUUUAGAAACCACAACAACUUGGAAUUAAAAGAUGGCGACGCCAGUUACAAAACAACAUAUUCUAAAUUGUCAAUUCUCAAAUUGGUAUUCACUGUUUCGUGCUUUAACGCCAAGAGCAAGAGUAAUUAAGCCGAUUCCCACAUCUAUACUUAAAUACCUUAAUGAAGACGGUAUUUAUUUGAAGGAUGUCCCAAAUACAAUUGAAGACAUUACAGAUCGAGAAAAUGAGGAUGGAAGGGAGGACGGAGAAGUAGAAGGAGAAGAAGAAGACACCCAAGUUUCUUCUUAUUACCCUGAAAAAUCGACAAUACAACUCAUAGAACGGAUUAUUUCUGAUCUCGAUGGAGCCGUUGUACCAAAGCUGAAUUGGUCAAGUCCCAAAGAUGCUUUAUGGAUUAUGCCUACAGGUACUAUGAAAUGCACCUCUGCUGAAGAUGUCCUUUUAAUACUAAAGUCAUCCGACUUUGUAACUCAUGACCUUGAUUACGCCUUUGAUGAUUGUAUCAACGAAGGUAACCAGGAAGCUAGUGCAACAAACCAAAGCUUUCCUCCCGGUUUUAGUCAUGAAUUAAUUCUGAAAGAAUGGUUUCCUAUUCAUCCUUCAACAGAAUUUCGCUGCUUUGUGAAAGGAAAGAAACUUGUUGCCGUUUGUCAGCGCGACGAUAAUUAUUAUGAUUUUUUAGAACACGAGAUGAAGAAGAUUUUGCCAAUCUUACAGGAUUUAACAUUUAAGCUCUCAGAGUUUCCAGACGCUAAUUUUGUUUUUGACGCUUAUGUCCAGAAAAAUCGUGCUUGGCUGAUUGACAUUAAUCCAUUUUUUGCUAGAACAGAUGGUUUGCUCUUUUCAUGGGAAGAAAUAUUUACGAUGGAUCAUAAAGAAAAUAGCCCAGAAGUUAGAUUAAUACCUAAAGGCGCCAUGCCUUCUUCUGGAGGUGCCAACUUUUAUACCAAUCGUGUUCCAUUUGACCUGGUUGCUGCCAGUCAAGGAGAAAACUUGUUAGAAUUUGCGGAAAAGAUGCAAAGCUUAACUUCAGAGAGUACCAAAGAUGAGGCAUAAGCAAAAACUUCGGGCAUAUAUUAAAAGAAGGGAUUCGGUUUGGUUAUGGUUAAUAGCAUUACAGUUGUCUAUAAUUUUUUCUUGUAAUAUAGAUGUUCAAUUAUUUUUCUUUUUAUUUGCGU